UAACAAUUAAACAAAUCUUAUAUUUUCGAUGAUUGCGGAUGCAGAAUGACCAACCAUGGAGCUGGAGGGGCAGUGGCCAAGGCAAGUGCAUCCCCCUGGCACAAAUGGUGUCGCCUGUGCGCCAAGGACCAUCCGCAGAACGCAAACGUCUAUGCGCGUAACCAGCAGGAUCAGCAGUCCUCCUGGACGAGCAUGUUGGCUAUGGCCAUUGGCAAAUACUUCUGGGUGGAUAUCAAAGUGGAGGACGAGCUGAGCAACCACUUGUGUGUGGAAUGCUUUACGCUAAUGGAGUGCCUGAUUGAGUUCUCGGAGCGGGUGCGACGCGUCCAGAAUCUCUUCAAUAGAUUGCAGAGCCUAUCGACGGAUAGGUAUGUGGACUUUGAAGAGCUGCGCACGGAUUGCGGUCUACUGACCGACGAGUGGAAGCACGUUAUGUCGAGAACAGUCGCGCCGCCGCGGCGCUUGCCGGAGAAAGUAAUUGAACUGGAAGUAGAAGAGCAUUUCCGAGUGCAGGAGAUAAUGGAAGAGGAAGAACGAGAAAUUCAGGAGGAGCAGGAACAGGAGCAAGAACAGGAAGUGGAAGAGCAAGAAGACUUUAUUGAGGAAGAGGAACAUCCAGACUGUAUGGAGGAGGAUAUGGUAGAUGACUGCAUCGACGAGGCAUCCGACAUGAUAGAUGAGAGCGAAGGCGAGGAAUAUAAAUUGGAUGCAUACAAAGAGCCAUCAGAGGAGCCACCCGAUGAUGCGGAAAUAGUGAAAAUAGAGCGGGAAAUGGGCACAGAAUCGGAUGUAGAGGAUGACCCUAGGCCAGACCACUUGGAUGAGAAAGCUACCACACACUCAUACAAAUGCGACAUCUGCCGCAAAACCUACAAAAAGCCGAAUGCCUACAAGAAACACAUGCUGGACGUCCAUAAUGUCAUGCCCGACGACUUGCCCAAUCUCGAGUGCAAGCAAUGCGGGGCCAUCUUUCCGACUGUGGCUCAGCUUCAGACCCACGAGCGCACCCACUUGCCGGCCAAGGAGAAGGCGGACAAUUCCUGCCCCCACUGCUCGAAGCUCUUCACCACGUCAGCAACCCUCAAGCGCCACAUCGACGGCAUCCAUAAUGACAUCAAGCCCUUCAUCUGCGACAUCUGUGCCAGAGGCUUCAAUUUGCUCGCCGCUCUCAAUGACCACAAGCUGGUCCACACCGACGAGUGUCCCUUUGAAUGCCCCGUCUGUCAGCGACGCUUUAAGAACAAGGCCAGGCUCAGGGUGCAUGCCGACACGCACAGUGCCACCAUCUACGAGUGCAACAUCUGCGGGCUGAAGCUCAAGACGCGGCGAACCUUCAACAAGCACAAAGUAGUCCACUCCGACAAGAGGCAGCACAAAUGUGAGCAGUGCGGUGCCGAAUUCAAGCGUACCAAAACAUUGAAGUCCCAUCUCAUCCUGCACACCGGCAUACGGCCGUACAAGUGCAAUUUCUGCGACAAGGACUUCUCCAACGGCUCCAACUGUCGUUCGCAUAAGCGUAAGGCGCAUCCCAAAGAGCUGGAAGAGGAGGAGUCCAAGGGAGUGACACGUUCCACCAUUUUGCCCGUACUCGAAGAGCUGGCAAAGGCCUCGAAUCGCAUCAAGAGCCCUGCCAAACGCUUUAAAAGGAAGCCGAAAAGUAAUGGAAAAGCAAGUGAAUCUCCAGCAAAGGACACGGAAGGUGAGAGCGAGAUCCUCUACAAACUGGUAGGGGAUCUGUGAACCGCAUUCAAUAGGAAAGUAUUAGAAUAGACUUUACAAUAAACUUUAUUUAAAGACAA